GAGCCGUCCCGGGAGUGCGCGGCGGAGGCGGCGGGUGCAAGGAUUUCCCCCUGCGCCGAUUGCUGCGGCGAGGUUGAGCGUCAGUGCCGAGGGGCCGGGCUCCUACGGAAAAGCCCGGGCUCCCAUGGAGAAGCCCAGGCCCCUAUGGAGAAGCCCAGGCCCCUAUAGAUUAGCCCAGGCCCCUAUAGAUUAGCCCAGGCCCCUAUGGAGAAGCCCAGGCUCCUAUAGAUUAGCCCAGGCCCCUAUGGAGAAGCCCAGGCUCCUGUAGAAAAGCCGAGCGUUACCAGCAGCCCUCCGCUCACGUUCAGUUUCUCUCUCUUUCUCGCCAGGGGCUGAGCCAGGAUGGGUUUUGCCGAAGACAAAGUAUAUGACUACAUUUUGCAAAACCUCAAGAAUUUCAAGAACAUCCGUGUGGCGUCGCUGGCCGAUUCCCUGAGCUGCCUGACUGACGCCGACAGAGAUGAACUUCACACCCGGGAGGAAAUGCGGGGGAGCCAGGCGACCGUCUAUAAGUUUUACCAGCACCUGAAGUGCCGGCAGGGCUGGGUGCCGGAUCUCAUCGACGCGCUGCGCCAGAACAACGCGGGGCACCUGGCCGACGAGCUGCAGCGCGUAUAUGACAGCUGGCAAGCCCGUUCCCCGGCUCCUGCCGCCGCCUUCUUCCCUCCUGCGGCUAGCGGCGCCCGUCCCGAUGUCUCCUCCGUCGGUGCCCAGAUGCCAUCCCCGGGGCCGAACCCUGCUCCAGGCGCCCCGUUGACUGAGCAGCCGCGCCGAGACCUGCCCGCUGGCAGCCGUCCGCUUCUCCUGCCCAGUGCUGCCACCGCCACGAGCACGGACCUGGAUGCCAGGGCCCCGGUACAGGAAUCGCUCCCCAAAAACCUGGAGCAAGAGAGUCUCCAGCCGCCUCCUCUUGGGAGCGCAGCCUGUGAUGGAGCGAGCGAUGGGCACAGCGGAGAGAAGCGUUUCCCGCACCCCAUCGAGGCCACGCAGGUGGCAGUGGGGACCCCCGGGGCAGGUAGCGUGGCCGUGCCAUUGACUGCCCCCCCUGAGCGGGGCCGGGACUGGCUGAGCCGCCAGCAGCACCCGGUGUGUGUGGACAACGGGUGUUUUGGGAACGCCAACCACUUGCACCGUGGCGCACCGGGCUUGGGUCUGGGCAGGUCACUCCCGCCGAGGUAUGUGGGCUCUGCUCGCAGCCCCGAGCAGCCCAGGAACGAGCCCGAAGAGGAUUUCUAUGCCUCCACUGAGUCACCCCCAAGGCUGGAGGAGGCUGCUCGCAGUGAGGGGCCGCAGCCCCCAGACUCACUGCCAAAAAAACAGGUUGUGCCUGGCUCCGAGCACGGUGAGGCUCCGGGCAGCUUUGUGGAUGUGCGCAGCCCCCUCCUUAUACAGCAGCAGUUCGAUGCGGAGCAGAAGCAGGUCGGGAAGCUGCGAGAGGACAGAGGAGAUGGAGACACUCAGAUGGAAACAACCAUCGCAAUCACUACCCCUGCGUCCAGAGAUGCUGCCCCAUCCUGGGACACCUCCCUGAAGCCUCCUGUACAAGAGAGGAAACUGCCUGCUGGGGAGACGGCCAGCAGCACCCCCUCCAUGCUGACGAAGGAGAAAGUGCUCCCGACCUCGGCGGACCCUCUCCCAACUGUUGCGGGAGGCUUUGAAGGCACAUCUGGGAGGACAGCAUCCCGGGUGAGCUCUGCCAUGAGUGUCUGGGCAUCUUGCAGCAACGUGGAGAGUGAUGCGGAGCUCAGCAAGCCAGGCAUCCUCCUCUCCGUGGCUGGGGAGGGCCCAGAGGCGUCCGGCAGAUGCCAGAGCUCUCAGGGGCCCAGCGGCCCCUAUUCCGGGGCAUCCAAUAGGCUCACCUUCAGCAGUGACCCGCUCAUGGUUAGCACAGAUAGCUCGAGCUCAGGAGAAGUGCUCUCCAGAGUCUCCUUGGGAUGCCCGGCUCCAGUGGCUCAUGAAGACCCUGGGGGAGAGGAGGCAGCUGGAGCAAGCAGAGACUCCUGUCCGCCUCCGAGCUGGGACAGCACCUCCCUGGGCACCCACGAGGUCCGCGUGGACCAUUACCCACGCGCCCAGCUCAGGGCAGACAACGACCUCCAAGAUGGAGCCGGUCCCCUUGGAAAUUCUCAAGUUUUUGACUCGAGCAGGGGCCAUGACACUGCGACCAGCUCGUCUCAGGUCAAAGUCCCCCCAGGGGACAGCAACGGACCAUCCCUGCCAUACAUCGUUCCAGCUGUGGGCAUCGCUGUGAUUUCAGCUGUGGCAUUUCUGGUGUAUGCUCGAUUGCAGAAAUAGCGCUGGAGUGGAUGGGAUGCCAUGACCGUCACUCAGCCUGGGCGAUUCCUCUUCCUAGCAGGAAUUUGGCCAAGGUGUUUGAAGCCUGAAGAGCAGUGGGGGGGGGGCACAGUAGGGACGUUGUUAAAUCUCUUUCUGGAAGGUUUUGCUGGAAGAGGCCUUGGUUGUGUGAUGCUGUUGGGUUUGGGUCUGUUCCCCCUCCGUUUCCCAGCCAUCUUCUUGUCUGUAGCCUUCUCCUUUUACACCCACAGAGAAGGUCUCAUUCAGGGAGUGAUCCCUUGAGUCAAAAAAGAAAGUCCUCUUGGCAAUCCUCCACAUCUUCCUUGUUUGGUCCCAGGAGGCCCCAGGGAAACAUGUCCUGGUGGUCCAAAAGGUGACCUGCACCCCGGUCCCUCUGGACAGUGCAGUGAGGACAGAUUUUGCAGACAUCCUGUAAAGGCUCCUUAUCUCGGCUUCAGAACAUACCAGAGGGUCUGUGCAGCAGCCUUCACCAGGUGCCUCAUGUUGAAUUUGCCUUACUUGGUGUCCCUGGCUCUGCUGCUGGGACCUUUGCUCAUCUCUGCUGCUCCAUUCCGCCAGUGCUGGGUGCGCAGGCAGGACCCCAGUGCAGUAAGUCACACUGCCUUCUGCUCAUUCGUGACAAGAGACACUCCUGUGAUGAGAACACGCCAGGCCAGACCGUGUGCAAGCUGUCCCCUCUCCCAGGAGCUGUUGUCCCACUUUGGUGCUUUUCUUUGGAGCAUCCUCCCCUGCUCCUGAGGGUCAGGGAUGGGCUCUGGGGUCACUUCAUGCAGCACUGACACCCUGGAGAUGAAGCUGAGGGUCAGGAAAGAGCUGCAUCUAACCAGCUUUCUCAAGGAUCAACCUCAUUUCACCCCCCUCCAGCCAGGGAAAGUGGGAUUAUGCUUUAAGAGGAACAUUUCACACAAUGCUAGCAUUAAGUGGACUUGGUCCCACACAGGAUUGUUGAGCGUCUUUGAUAUUCAGGCUGAAUUUUUAGAGCCUGGCUAGGAGAGUGGAUGUAGUUCUCACUUUUCCCGAUACCUGGUGCUAUGGGAUAGGAAUAUAGGAAACUUGCGUCCAGGCUGAGACACAAAUAGGAUUGACUCUGCAUGCUGCAGGGAGGCCACAUGCGGUGGUUGAGAUGCUCUGGGUUAUCUUGAAGGUCCCAUUUAAAAUUGCAGUCCGUAAUUUCCCUGCUAUCCCCAGGGAUCAGCUUGGAAUGUGAGGGGAUUGGGCUGCAAGAUUUCUGAGAUAAAAUCCUCAAACCCAAAUAAAUAUCCCCAGCUUCCCCCUGCCCAGGGCAGCUUUUGGGAGCAGAAGCAGCCCUGCUCAGUCGCUGUUGGCAUGCAUUUCUAGCUCAAGGCAGAGUUCAGUGAUCACCAACUGUGCUGCCCACUUCUUCUGUUUCUGUGGCUACAGGUUGUUCGCCAUCUCAUCUACUCCCUCCCAAAAGCACAGGGGCACAAAAGUAACAAAACUACUUUUUUGUAGUUAAACAGUUAUUACGGCUAGAGGAUUCUUUUUUUUUUUAAGCUCUAAAGAUGCCAGUGCAGACUUUCAGGUGUUCCCACCCUCCCGUGAUUUGCUGGGGGGCAACAGGGGAGCUGUUGCAGGAGGCAGGACUGGGCAAAACAUUUGUCGAUCUGCUGGUGGAUUUGCACAGCAGAAGGUUCGUGCCAUGGGCUGGCAUGGUUUGAAUCCGGCGAGCCCACAAGGAUGCCAUGGGCUUUAAACCAUUGCAGCGGCCUGGUGCUGGUGGCUGGGCUGCACUCUUAAUCCAGGCUGUUGCUUCUUCCCUGCUUUACUGUGGGCAGUAACUUAUUCCUCCUGGAUUCCCGCCGUUUGGCACAGCUUCCCGAAAUACGACCUUCCUGCUGGCAGGGGAGCAGGAGGGAGAUGAAUGCCCCGGUGCCUGGCUGCAAAGUGCAGCCAUCGUGCCCAGAGCUUGGCCUGCGCUGGGAAGGGUCCGUCAGCCCUGCGACGGGGCGAACGGCUGCUCCUCCCUCCUAAUGCUUUCCCUUUGCCCAAAAAUACAAGAAGUGCCUCCCUUAAACGAUAAGGACAAUAAAUAUGUGCAAUAGUGAGGUGUUGGUUUUGAUCUGACAGGGCUGCUCUCUAGGUGAACUUGAGGUGCUCAUUACUUGCUCGGUGCCCGGUGCUUUAUCUGUCAGAGGAAGGGACAGUGCUUUUAAAUACACCUGACUUCUACUGACCCCAUUUGAAGAUAACGUGGUGACUUGUCCAAAAUCUCCCGCAAGCAGGGAAGAGAACCCGGGAUUCAUCAGUCCCCAAUAAGAUGGUUUUUUUUCCUCAGCUUUCGUAAUUUUGUCAGUGAGGGCUUUGUAGAGACCUGUCACUUCCCUGUGAAAGCUGCAGUUUUGAGCACUAAGAAUUGCUCUUUAUUUGCAGUGGGUAAGGAAAUGUCCCCAAAUCCUUUCACCUUGUUAAAAGGCUCGUGUUUACUACUGAAUAUUGCACCAAAAUAAAGCAGAAUACGUAUUGUAAAGCAGAGUACAUGAGCCUGCAUACCCACACUGCAGAAUCCAUCCCAAAAUUCAUUAAAGAGAGGGGGCGCGUGCCUUCUCGACACGCUUUCUGCGUGAUUCAGAGGAUGUCCGUGAGAUCCCAAACCAGCAGCAUCCAUACCAAGGCCCUCUUCUCUGUUGCUUUACCUGCCUGCAAAAUUCUUCACAUAUUUUCCCACUCCUUUUUAGCAAUGGCUUGUAUGCUUUGCCUUUUCACAUCAGACUGCUCUUAUGAAACAGCUGGUUUAUUACCACUUCAGACUCGAUAAAAGCAUACAUUCAGUUUUCUGCUGUGAAGUGCCGGUGUUUUCACAGUUGUAAUGUAGCACUUUAAAAGCAUAAUCAGCAGGUGAACCUGCAGGAGGGAACUGUGUCCCCGCACAUCUUUUAAAAAAAGAAAAAAAGCCUUUUACUAACUGUAUAAUAAAAUUGUUUGCCACUUCGCAUUCAACUUA